GCAGCGGCCGCGGUGGCGGCGGCGGCGGCCGCAGCGGCCGGAGCGGCGAGUCGAUGCCGCCCGCGCUGCGCUUCGCCCAAGCAGCUUUGGCUGCGAGGGCGCCAGUGGCUCAAGAUGAGACCAGGCUGCACGCUGCUCGCCUUGGUAGCCAGUCUGAUGCUGUUGCUCCUGCUGCGUCCGCUCUGGCGCCCGCCGGACACGCCCGCCCGCUCCAGGCUGUCGGUGGAGAAAAGCAGAGAGACCACCCCAGGCACCUCGGUAACGCUGAGGACGCUCAGGAGCCCGGUCACCUCAGUACCUCACACCAGGAACAGCACGUAUCUGCAGCAUGAGACGACACCCCAAGUAACAGAGAAAUGCAAAACUCUGCAACAUGACUUGAAGUCUUUAUCUAACAAGACGAAACGGUAUUCUGAGGAUGACUACAUUCAGAUCAUCACUAACAUAAAGAAUUGCCCAUGGAGACGGCAUGCAGAAGAAUAUGAAAAUUUCAGGGCAAAGCUGGCUUCCUGUUGUGACGCAGUUCAGACCUUCGUGGUUUCCCAGAAUAACACUCCAAUGGGGACCAACAUGAGCUAUGAGGUGGAAAGCAAGGGGCAAAUCCCCAUCCGAGAGAACAUUUUCCAAAUGUUCCCAGUGUCCCAGCCUUUUGUGAACUACCCUUAUAACCAGUGUGCCGUGGUUGGCAAUGGGGGAAUUCUGAACAAGUCUCUCUGUGGAGCGGAAAUUAAUAAAGCUGACUUCGUUUUUAGGUGCAACCUCCCCCCAGUCACAGGGAAUGCUAGUAAAGAUGUUGGAAACAAGACGAAUCUUGUGACUGUCAACCCCAGCAUCAUAACGCUGAGAUACAAGAGCUUGAAGGGGAAGAACACAAAGUUUCUGGAAGACAUUUCCAACUAUGGGGACACGUUCCUUCUCCUGCCUGCCUUUUCCUACAGGUUCAACACAGGCAUCUCCUUUAAAGUCUACCAAACCCUCCACGAUUCCAAAGUUAAGCAAAAAGUUCUCUUCUUCCAUCCCAGUUACCUGAGGCGUCUUGCUCUUUUCUGGAGAACUAGAGGGGUGACGGCGUACCGCUUGUCCACGGGCUUGAUGAUCGCGAGUGUCGCCGUGGAACUGUGUAAAAAUGUGACGCUCUACGGAUUCUGGCCUUUCUCGAAAAAUAUAGAAAAGGCACCUAUCAGUCACCACUACUAUGACAACAAGUUACCUAAGCGUGGUUUCCACCAAAUGCCCAAAGAAUUUAAUCAGAUGCUCCAGCUCCAUAUGAGAGGGAUCCUCAAACUACAGUUAGGCAAAUGUGACGUGGCUUAAAGUUUCUUAAUAUGAGAAUAAUUUCAAGAAGAUGUGAUAGGUGAGUCAUGAUGUCGGCAAACACUAAAGGAGGGAGGCGCAGAGAGUGGAGCAUUGCGAAAGCGUUCCCCAAGAUGGCCAGACCAAAACUCCCCACUAACUUCGCAGCCUCCACCAGCCACUCAGUCCAACCUCCAAAUUUCUCUGAAAUCGAGCUCAUGAUAUCAGACUCAGACAAGAAAAUUCUUGGGAGAAUGUUUUAAAGCCUCUUGGCAUAGGAUUUGAUUUGAGGCAGGGCCUCACUGAAUGUUUCCUAGUUCCUAUUUGUAAUAGCCAUUUCCAGUUCUUCUGGAGUGGUAAUGAAACUGAGCCAAAGAUCCCUUUCGAAGAGAAUGGCAGAAUCACAAGGAUUCAUCAAUUUCUUACUCACAGCCCUUCCUGUAUUAAUAAUAUCUUCCCAUUAUCUUCUCUUUCCUAAAGAGUACCUACAAAAAUAGAUCAUUAAAUAAGAAAGUGUUAAUUAUUCGGGAAGAAAAUUCUUUUUUACUUGGCCCUGUUCCUGCUUUUGACUCAGUUCACUUAUGACGUUAGCUGCAUUGAGCUGAUGGUUGGAUUUUGGGGCCUUUCCUUGCCUCUUUUGUCUAAAUUUUCUUUACCUAUAUCAUUUUAUACUAAAUUACUUCUUCAAGGUUCUGCUUUUCUCCCCCCCCCUCCCCAACUGAGAAAAUUCACUCAAUGACAUAGGUAGUUAAAUACUCACCGCUUCUCACCUUUUAUCUUGUCUGUGGAGUUAACUCAUCCAAUUUUUAAAAAUAUUGAACAUCUAUUGGAUGUCAGGCCCUGGGACCAGGCUCUGUGGGAGGGUAUGAAGACAUUGCCAUUGGCAGAAAAACAAGUGCACACCACUGAUUGAUAAGACAUCACAAUCCUCAUCAGGACAGUUACAAACAUGGUGCUGGAAGGAUCGUAGACAGGAACAGUUAGAUCUUUUCUAGUAGAAUCAACUUCAUUGAAACUAGUUCAGAGAAAAGGUGGUUCCCGAAUUAGAGAACUAGAAAGCAGUCGAUUCUUGGCAAAUUCAGAGGAUUCUAGGUAGAAGGAAGGUAACAGGAAGAGAAAGCCAGUCCCUUGAUUCUGAUCAUCAAAACAGGGGUGCUAGAAGGUAGAACGGAAAGCUGCCCUAACGCUUCAUGUUGGGGGAGAAGACAGGGUGUGGAGGUGGUGACUUUUGCACACACUGGUGAAGAGGGAGUAAUUCGGAUCCAGGCACUUCAGGAAGAAGACUUAGCAUGGAAACCUUUCACGUAUUUCUCCAAGGAGAGAUGAAGGUUUUCAUGAGAAAUUAUACCCGGAAGCGUCCAUCCUUAGUAAAAUUUGAGUAAACAUUAAAUAUGAGCACUUCACAUUCACCCCUUUGCUGAUGUCCCAGUGAUGCCCUUACUGUAAAUCAUAACACAUUUAUUAAGUUAUUUGACGAUAAAUAUUCAUGUGCACGCAUUCCUGCUUAUCCAUGGAUAUUCCCAAGAAAUCUAAGACAGAAGUAUAGAAGAUGAGGUCCACAUUCCAAGAUAACCAUAAAUUUUAUUUUUAAUUCUUACCUGAGCCAUCUUAUCGCAUAUCAGAUGGGUUUUAGGGAGAAUACUGUGCUGUGAACUCUUCAUUCUGAUAUAACCUUGUAUUUGACAUUUGUGAUGUUAUUUCUUUUGUUCUUUUAUAGCAAAUUAAACUUAUUAGCUCUUAAAUUUAUGGAAAGUUCAUAUAUAAAUAUUUUCAAAAGAUCAAAGGCUUUUAAGUUACACAUAAUCAAACUUAUUUGUCAUUAUUCUUCUGGUGAAUAGAGACUCUUUUAUGCUGCUGCUAAUGGAUUUAAUUAGCUUUAAGUAUCUCCUAGAAACAUUGGUCAUGUUUCAAUCAUGCUAUUAGCAAAGAAAUAUUUUUUAAAGUGGAUCAUAAAACUACCAUUUUUAUAAUUAAUAAAAAUAUUUCUCAAAAUAUUUUGUG